AUGCAGAGCGCUGGCGUCACUGUGCAGUAUAUGCUUGUUGGCGAUACCACUACCGCACGGCUUGCCCCGGUCGCAAUUGCGGAGGCGGACCCACAACUGGCCGUCCUUGAACUCAUCUGUGCCUUUGCCCGUCAAGGUCGCCUCAAUCACCACUUUACUUUACAGCUUGCGCCUGUCCUGCAUUGGAGCACCAGACAACGUGCUUACAUUGUCCCUAUUUUGGUUGCCCCGCUUGCUCAGGCGCAGGUGCUGAUACUCUACGAUCCUGGGGUGGAUGGCACGCAACUGCACACGAUGACCGUGCCUGCUGGCACGCGGCCUUCCGAUGUUCUAUCAGGGGCACAAAGGGCCGGGGGUGCUCAAAUUUUCGCGAACGGGGUACAUGAAAGUGCGUGCAACCGGCCUCUCAUCACCGGGGACUUCUUGCAACAAUUUGGGCCUGGGAUUUACCACGGCACGGCAAUACAUGCCGGGCCCGUCCUCGAUGAUGUUAACCGCCUCCGGUGUUUGUCCAUGCCUAUGCAAUUCCCACCGGUCUGUCUCUAUCAGGGACCAAGGGGACCGGUCGUGGCACCCAUGCGCGGAGCAUGCUCACUGCAAGAGGUCCUAAAUGACGUUUUUGAGGAGCGCCUAGAUCGUAUGGGGCGGCCCGCGCGCACGAGCAAGAGAGUGACGGUCCUGCAGCCGGGCCGAGCGCCCCACCUGAUGUGGGUACCCACCCCGCUUACUCCAGAUGUUUUUGAGGCAUGUGAGUUGCUUGAGGGCACGGGUCUGUUCUCUUCCGACAUGAUGUUGGUCGAUACCUCCACACAUGUGGAGCUGGGAGACACUGAGGUCUUCCUUGCACUUCCUGCGCAAGCAGAAUAUGUGACACUCACCCUGCCUGAUCCCUUUGCAGUGCUCCACUUGCUUCUGGUGCAUGUCUCCCCUCGAGGCACGAUACCAUACCGUUACCUCCCCCGACGGCCUGGUAUGCAGUUCCUACCUGUCUCUCGACUCGCCGAUGGCAUGCACAUCCAAGUUAUGCGGGAAAGUGCGGCACCCAGGCGACCUUCCAGCUCCUCCGAUGCUAGACCUGCACCGGGUCCUGGCACAGGUGGAACAUCCCUUGUGCAGCUUCCAGAUACGCAACUCAAGCAACUACGACGUUGCCAAAAGUUUGCUCAGCUGCCGGCACAAGAUACAGUCGGGUGUCACUGCGACCUCGGUGUUAUCACAUGUGGUGCCGCUGUGCCUGACCCUGCUCAGAGAAGAGCCGUCUUGGUUUCCACGCUCGGUGGGCGCCGCCGCACCCCCCACAGCGACACCAAGCCGGGUCGGCUUGCGAGUGAGGCUGAGGGCUGCAACUCCCUGUGCCAACAGGGCCCCUCAGCUUCUGUCUCUGGGUGCUCCGCUGCCUCCCAAAACUCGCGUACUUUGCACCUACAGCAGCUGGUACCGCCGGCUGCUUCUGGGGUUGGCCUUGGUACGAGCCGAGAGGUCGCUGCUGCAUCCCUGGCUGACUUCUGUCGUCCUCUUCCUGACCUUCUACCCUUUGUAAAUGGAGCCUUGCCCAUUGCUACCCACACCUGGGCUCUUUUGCCGCCUCCAAGCCCGGACCGGCCAAUUGAAGCAAUCUUGCUGUACACGGACGGGUCCAUCUCCCCGUGCACACGGCGUGCCAGUUGGGCCAUGAUUGUGGUAGGGCGCCGAGGCCCUGACCUGUGCAAACUCGGCUCCUUGGCCGGGCCAGUUCCUGCAGAACACUUCCCUGCCAGUGCGUAUCGUGGCGAGCUGUGGGCCUUGCUUCACGCGGCUGCAUUUGUAGCGGCUAACCGCUUUCCUGCGGCAACUGCCCUUUCAGAUUGCCAAGCUGCCAUAGAUGUUGCUUUUGGUUCUGCACAGCACGCUGAGGAUGACCAAGUUGCAGCAGCUCUCCAAGGCCUUAUCCUCUACAUUCGCGCCCAGGGCAGAUUUUUGCGGCCUUCCAAAAUCGAUGCCCAAACCGGGGUACCACUGAACGAGGCGGCAGAUGCCAUUGCAAAGACAGCCAAUCUGCCCGAACCUCCAGACGACUUCUGCUUUCAGUCUGAAACCGUGCAGGCUGCCAUCCUCGAUGGCACUCUGCAGCGUAUCUGGCUGAGCUGCGACUAUCUCAGCAUUGCAGCACAGCUGCCGGCCAUCAGUGAGACCGGCUGCUGGACUCGAGCUAGUUGUAACUUUGCGCCACCAACGCAGGCGAAUGCGGCCUGCACUAUUGGUGCGGCCACCUCAGAACAGGUUUCUUGGCGGCUCGACGUGACGGCAGUUACGUGUAACUGCCUAUCUGCACGCAGCCGCCCUGCGAAAGCACUCCUCGAUCAGGGCCUCCACGGGCAGCGCUGUGCUGUCGCAGGUUUUCAGGAAGCCCGAUGCACUGAGGAUGGCAUCAUUGCUACCGAACACUACUGGGUUGCCAGCUCGGCCUGCGAUGCGCAGGGAGGAGGCGGAUGCCAGAUCUGGGUCUCUAAGACCGCCACCUGGGGAUGUGACGCCGCCGAAAAGCUCAGAUUUGUCCGGGAAAGCUUUAGUAUUUUACACGCCGCCCCCCGCUUGCUCAUUCUGCUGAUACGGGUCAAUUCGCUACGAUUUGCUUGCAUAUCUACACACGCGCACACAGCCAAUGCAGGCGCGGACAAGAUAGCUGCGUGGUGGGCCAAUCUUCGAGCGGCCUGCAGGUGUAUACCAAUCGGUCACAUACCCCUCUUGAUGAUCGAUGCUAAUGCCACUUUCCGGCCACCCUGUGGGAGCGCCGACACGCUAGAGGCAGAACCUUGUAAUGCUAAUGCGACAAGGCUGCUCGCUUUCUGCCGGGAGUUUGAUUUGCAGCCGACCGCGCAGCGGGACCAUCUCGGGGGGACCCUCACCUCCUGGCGCAGUCCGGAUGGUACCACGCGUCGACUGAUUGAUUAUAUCUGCCUCCCUAGCGCUUGGAAGCCGGGAUUCUGGACUUUACCCAACUUCAGCCUGGGUGAUCUGACUUCCGACUACGAUCACCAGCCGAUUAAGGGCCGGCUUACAGCCUCGAUCGAGGCGCCGCGCAGGCCCGGCCAGAGGAGGAUUUCUGUCGAGUCCCUCCGGACUCCGGCAGGGCGCCAAGUCGCAGCACAAGCCUUGCAGAGUAUGCCCUGUGUGCCGUGGCACGUCGAUGCCACCACACACCUCAAUGCCAUCCUGCAGCAUGCCCGGGAUCACCUCCUGCGAGAGCUUCCACCGCCUCCACCGAAGGCGCGGAAUCCGGCUAUUUCGGCCCAGACCCUGCAUCUCAUCCUCACGCGGCGCAAUGCGAGAGCAAACGGUGCCGCAGACUUCGCUCAUGCAAUACGAGCCAUCCUCCGUACUGGCCGGCGAUACAGAGCACCUCCCGUCCUACAGCCGAUCUCUGAUGACGGCACUACAGCGGCCUGUGAUGAUGACAUCAUGGCAAUGCUCGGCAGCCAUUUCGCCUGCCCAGAAAGAGCCACGGAGAUCGAAGCGGCGGCCCUUUUGAAGGAGUACGGUCACUCCACGCCCGUCCAGAGUCGGCUGGACUUUACCGACCUCCCUAGUCUUCCGGGACUAGUUAACGCUGUGCUCGCCAUGAAGGGCCGAAAAGCUCCGGGGCUCUCCGGCUUGCCUGCCGAAUGCUAUCAAGCAAAUGCGUUUGCUGCGGCACAGUUGCUGUUUCCUUUGAUGGUCAAAGCUGUUGUCCGGUGCCAGGGGCCUGCACAACACAACGGAGGCCUCGCCAGAGCCAUUCCAAAAGGCAGGCAACAAGCUGGCAGCCCAUCGGGCUGGAGGUCCAUCUUGCUAUUGGAGCCGUCGGCCAAGAUCAUACAGAAGGCGUUUCGCCCCCAGCUUGUGCAAGAAUUGGAACGGCACAAGUCUCAUUACCAAUUCGGAGGACUCCCUCGCCGCCGUUUGGAUGAGCCGAGCUCCAUUGUCCGAGCGCAUAUGGCGCGCCUGAGGGCCGGUCAACAGACAGGCGGCGCCAUCUUUCUCGAUAGCAGAGCUGCCUACUACUCUCUGAUUCGGGAUACACUUGUUCAAUCCCGGGUUCACCAACCUGAGGACGCACUCUGGCGACGGGCACAGCUUCUCUUCCCACGCCGCGAGGACCAGCUCCAAUAUGUGCAGGGCAUGCAGCAGUGCGGCCUGAUUGCGGCUCUCCAGCUGCCCGAUGUGCUGGUCAGGUACCUUGAAUCCCAGCUGGGAGCCACAUGGUUUGCCAUGCACGGCCCUGUGGACAAGGCAUUCUUGUCGGGCAGUGGAACAGCCCCUGGCUCGCCGAUUGCGGAUCUGCUGUUUUCGUUUAUUUACAGCCGUUUCCUCUGCCAGGCUGAGGCGCAACUACUAGCCGAGGGACACUAUGUUGCCUUGUGUGAGGCCGCUACGCCGGCUGUAUUGCCCACCUGGGCUGAUGACUCGGCAGCCCUAAUUGGGCCACUACCACCAGACCAGCUCCAGGUCUCUCUGCGUAGGGUCAUCGAGAUCAUUGGCAUCGGCAUGAGCCGAGGUGGGCUGGAUCCCAAUUCUGGGCCAGGGAAAACGGAGGCCGUGAUACAUUUUGCUGGUCCGGGCAGCCGUGCGGUGCGCCGUGCCCUGCUGGCACAGACUGAGCCUGGGCUCCCCUUCAACAAGGCUGACGAAUCGAGGGGCUGGCUUAGAAUCGUGCCCGCUUACACUCACUUGGGCACUGUGGUGUCACACGAUGGUGGCGAAAUGCCCAACCUCCGCCACCGCGCCUCUCUGACAAGGCAGCUUUUCAAACCCCUGCGCCACAGACUGCUGUACAACCAGCAUCUGACGGCACAAGAAAAGGUCCGCCUCUUGGAGGAGUGUGUGUUUCCCCGUUUCUUCUUCGGUGCAGGAUUUUGGACGCCCCGCAAUGUUGCAGAGCAGGAUUUCAUCAUUGAUACGGCUCAUAACAUCAUGCGCCAAUCUUUCCGCCCGAUUCUUGGAAUUUCAUCGACGGGAUAUAGCAACUCUGAGGUCGCUGCAGCAUUGGGCAUGCCCAGAGCCGAACAACGGAUGCACCAUGCACGGGCAGUUGCGAUCCUCCGUUUUUCUCAGACAGGUUCCGAUGAAACCUGGCAAGGCUUCCGUGCCGAUGGGGCCUGGUUGCGUGCCGCAUGGGCCUCCAUGCAACAGGUUUGCGGGGAAAAUUUGCCGGUUUCUCUCUGCACUUCUGAGCCGCCAUCUCUGGAGGUUCUUCGCCAGGCCCUGCCAAGCGGACCCUCCGUGCAGCUGGCUGCGUGCCGCCGCUACCUCCGCAGCUGUGGGGACGGCGUACCCUCCCAAGCCGGACUGACUGAGCGCGACCCUUCGUGCCACGAGAUGCCGAUCAUUGUCCAAGCACGACACCAGGCGCUUUCGUUCUCCUGUCCGAUCUGCCAGCAAUCCUUCCUGGACAGGCGACGCCUGGCCGUGCACCAGGCACGGAAACAUCACAUCCGGUCAUUGGGAUUCGCAUCGGCCUUCGGAACCCGAUGCGAACGCUGCCAGGUAGAAUUCUGGCAUCAGAAUCGUCUUGCACAACACCUCAACCAGUCAGCUGACUGCUUGAAUGUGUAUAGACACUCUGACUUGUUAACCUCAAGCUAUGCUAGCACAAGCAAGGUACCCACAGCCUGGCAGCCGGCAACCAGGUUCCAAGGUCCCCGCCCAUUUUGGGCGCAGCUCAACCCUGCAGCUGAGGAUGUAACAGACUAA